AUGCUAGGUAUUGGACCAACAACACUUUGGAGAAUGAUAAAAAGGGGUGAUGUUAGGGCACACACAAAUCCACUACAUCCGGGUUUGCAAGACCCCAACAUGCUACAAAGGGUCAAGUGGGUCCUAGAUUUACUAGAAGGGGACAAUCCACAAACAAAGAGGCAAUACCAACCAAUGUUUGAUUUCGUGCAUAUUGAUGAAAAGUGGUACUACUUGAGCAAAAAAACACAAAGGGUGUAUUUGGGGAAGCAUGAAAGGGCAAAAUACAGAUCGGGAAAGUCAAGCAAAUUCAUACCAAAGGUAAUGUUCACAGCAGCAGUUGCACGGCCUAGAUUUAAUGCUCAAAAUGAAUGUAUAUUUGAUGGCAAGUUGGGGAUCUUUCCAUUCACAUAUCAAGAAGCAGCAAAGAGGAAUUCAAAAAACAGAGAGAAGGGGACAAUGGUGACUAAAGUAGUUGAAUCAGUCAGAAAAGAAGAGACAAGAGACAUGCUCAUCAAUCAAAUCGUUCCAGCAAUCAUGCAAAAAUGGCCUCCAAGUGAAGGGCCAAAAACAAUAUUCAUACACAAGACAACGCAGGAACACACAUCACUCAAUCCUAUGCAAUAUGGCAACAAGCACAUCAACAAGGUGACUUCACUUUCAUUCUAG